GUUUAAAAAAAUAUGAGAAUAUCAAAUAGAUGGACUUUAGAAAUCCUAGUGAACAAAAGACCGCUUAAGGAAUACGAAAUUCCUGAUUCAGUUCUUGGAAUCAGCGCAUCUAGCGCUUUGAAAUCAUACGUGGUCGAAGGAAGACGGAAAAAAUUUUGUAACUCGGCUACAUUUGUUGCAGUUCCAUCACUUGGAACAUAUUACAAUAUAAAAAUUUCUCCAGGUACAACACAUGAAAUCGCUGCUAGAGUCUUUGUGGACGGAUCAAGUGACGGUUUUUUUACAAAUAAAUGUAAUUCAUCAUUCAUAAUGAAAGGAUUUUAUAACAGAAAUGCCACUAUGAUGUACAAUUUUUUUUUCGAAAAAACUAAUUGGAUUGAAACGGAUAAUGUACAAAACGCUGAAUUUGGUGGUUAUGGUGCAAUAUCUGUCUAUUUUUAUAAAAUUAAACAUAUUUACGAAACUUCUUUGGAAUAUAAUUCCGACAAGACGUUUGAAGAGGUUAAAGUUCCUGAAGCUAAAAAGAGCUUUGACGUGGCUUUAACUACAAAAUUUUCUAAUGGAAUCGAAUCUCACUGUUCAGGACCAUGGGAAAUGAUUAUAACAGAAAAUGAUCCAUUAGCUGUACUUCAUAUAAAUUAUCGUUCAGUUGAUUGGUUUUACAUCAAAGGAAUUUCAAUUCAGGAAAAUUCGAUGCAAGUUGCUAUUGCAUCUACUUCUAAUAAAAACCUCACUACUACUGUGGAUACUAAAAAUGAAGUCAUUCCUAAGGAAACAAGUGAUACUGAAGAUAAAACUUCAAUUGAUAAGACAGUUAAAAAGAAUAGAAGGAGAAAACGAUAUCAGGAAAUUAUCGUGCUACUGGAUUCCGAUGAUGAUGAUACACGUGAAGUGAUGGAGUUGGAUUAACAAACUAUAAUAAAUAUUUAAAAAUUGUAAUUAGUAAUAGAGUAUAUCAAAUAUUAUUUUUUUUUGUCUGUCACAUUCUCAUAUUAAUAAUAUUUCUGUACGAGAUUACCGUCGUUAUGCGAAUUUUUCUUGAUAUUGCUUAUUUUAUAGAUUUGAACUUUGAGGUCGACUAAUAAGAUUAAAAUAAACGAUCAUUAAGAAAAAAUUCUCGCGAAUUUUAUCACUUAGUCAAUCAUGUAGUCUCACUAUAGUCAAUUUGAUUAUAUGCGAAU